AUGAAUCAACGACCAAGCACAUUUCAACGUGAAACAACAAUUAAAUUAAUUCUCAUAGGAGAGUCUGGGGUUGGUAAAACAAGUUUAUUAUUACAGUUUUCUGAUGAGAAAUUUUCAAAAGAAGUAACAACAACUGUUGGAAUUGAUUUUAGAAUGAAAAGAAUCGAAUGCAAUGGUUCUCCAUAUAAAUUACAAAUAUGGGAUACUGCUGGACAAGAACGAUUUAGGACUAUUGUUGCUUCAUAUUACAGAGGUGUUCUUGGUAUUGCAAUGAUUUAUGAUGUUACAUCAAAAGAUUCUUUUGACAAUAUCGCAUAUUGGUCAAAGAACGUUGAAGAAAAUGCUGAUGAAGGAGUUAACUUAAUAUUAAUUGGUAAUAAAAGUGAUCUUGAACAAAAUAGAGUAAUUUCUACUGAACAAGGACAAGAGCUCGCUGAUAAAUUAGGUAUUCCUUUCUUAGAAACAUCUGCUGCUAGUAAUAGUAAUGUCAAAAAAAUGUUCAUGACUCUUGUUGAAGACAUUCUUAAUGGAAGAAACCAAGGAGGUAAUAUCCGCUCUACUCAAAGAGUUGCAGUUUCAAAAUCUAAUGAAUCUUCCCAAGAAGGUCAAAGUGGCUGUUGUUAA